AUGGCUACGAAGAAGACGGCACCCACAGAUGACGAGUUACUGGCCCAGCUCGACAAUCUAAGCACCCAGGCCACGGCGCGACCACCCAAACCCACGACGCGAACAGCGAGACAAGGGCAACCCGCACAAUCGUCACAAUCCGAACAAGACCUGCUUGCCGAGCUGGGCAAUCUGGCUCAACGACCCGCCAGCAGACCUGCGACGCCUUCUUUACGACCGAACACAGCCACCGCCGGCGGAACUCGAUCACCCAAACCGCCAUCCGCAGCCACACCUCCCCCGGGACGGACCAGUGAAGAGAAGUCGAGCAAUGGCCAGAGGAAGUCCGGUGACAGCACGCACUCGUUCCGUCAGAGCUUCACACCCGCGACCACGACCACGGAGGAGUCAGCAGAGCCCGAGCCGCAACCCGAGCGAACUCCUGCCAAAAGCGGUGGAUGGUGGGGAGGGAUACUAUCGACAGCGUCCACGGCCCUGACCCAAGCACAAGCAGCCGUGAAAGAGAUUCAGAAGAACGAGGAAGCACAGAAAUGGGCGGAACAGGUUCGAGGCAACGUGGGGUUGCUCAAGGGCUUUGGUGGUGAACUCAGAUCUAUUGCCAUGCCGACGUUCCAGAACAUUUUGCAGACCAUCGCGCCUCCUAUUUCCUCCCACGAACGUCUACAGAUCCAUAUCACUCACGACCUAUCUAACUAUCCUACCCUGGACCCGAUCAUCUACCAGGUCUUCAGUCGUGUCAUGGCACAGGUGGAGGGCGGAGAUCUCAUGGUCAUCCAGCGUGGUCACGAAGCUGGGCCGAAGCGCGACUCCAAGGACAUGUCCCGCCCCUUGGGAUCCUGGCACGAUGGGCCGUGGUGGAGGAGCGGCGAGAGACGCAGCAUCAACGCAGUCAAAGGCCUCGUCGAGGGAAGCAAAUUGGCAAGAGCAUCAGCGGAAGGCUAUGCCGAUGAGUACUUCUCCAGCAGAGGAGGGGUAGAGGAGGCCGCGAAACGUGCAACAGAGACGCUCUCUGACUCGAACCCCACCCGAGACAGCGAAAUCUUUCUCGCCAUCCAGGCAGUCUCGCAAGCCGUGUCAAAAGAGAUGUUUGCCGCCCCGUCCAGCUCUGAGAAAGAAGGGCAAGUCAAGGAAGUAGAGGACGACGACAACGAAGAGAUUGUAUUCGCGAUCUAUCUGCACGACCCGAUCCAUGGCAUCGCCUUCCAGGCAAUCUCCCAGGCUCUUCCCGGACAGUGGAUUGACUGGCUUGACGCUCCCAGCGGCGGUGAAGGCACCUUGCCAGAAAGCAUUGAGGAGAUCAUCGCAAGUGGAGGCAUCGAUCCCAGAGAAUGGGUCAGUGAAUGGGUUGAGGAGAGUUUGACUCUGGCGGUCGGCGUGGUGGCCCAAAGAUAUGUUGCCAAGAGAAUGGGUGUCGGAGAAGGUGGUGCAAAGAAGGGCAAGCUAAAGGCUGACUUGAACCAAGAGGCCAUGAUGGAAAGCGGUGGCGGUGAGGCCGCUAGGGCGAUAUGA